UUACAUUGAAGUUUCCACCCUCCAUCUCCAUUAAAAAAGAGAGAGAAAAGAAAAAAAUUGGAACAAAUUCAAAAGCCCAGUGAUCUCUUUCUCCUUUUCUUGUUUCCGUGUUUUUUUGUGCUUAUAAAAGGAGAGAGAAGAAGCGAGUUGUGCAAAUUUCAAAGGACUCCUUCAACAAUCGCCCAUCUUCCCAACUCCCAGAGCAGGGAGAGAGGUCUUCACAAGACGCUCUCUCUCUCUCUCUCUCUCUCUCUCUCUCUCUCUAUUGAACUCAGAAUCUGUGUUUUGGGUGGUUGAUUUUGGUCGUUGUUGUAGUUUAUCGAACCCCAUUUCCAAACCCAACUCCUCUGUUUCUUUAUUCAGAUCCGUACAGCUUUGGUAUAGAUUGGAGGUAUUUAUAUAGACUGGUUCGUACCCUCAGAGUAUUUCGUAUCAGUCUACAAAACCCAGGUGUGGAUACGGUGAUUUCUCAGUACUGACUGAGCUCCAUGAAUUCGGGAGGUGAAGUGGGUGUUCAGAUCCAGCAGGGUCGUGGAUUGCCUGAUUUUCUUCAGAGUGUCAAUCUCAAGUAUGUGAAAUUGGGGUAUCAUUAUCUGAUAACCCAUUUGUUGACUCUCUGUUUGAUCCCUUUAAUGGCCCUGAUUAUUGUCGAGGCUUCACAGAAGAACCCAGAUGAUAUUCAUCAGCUUUGGCUUCACCUCCAGUACAAUCUCGUCAGUAUCAUCAUUUGCUCUGCUUUUCUCGUUUUCGGAUCCACCGUCUACAUCAUGACUCGUCCUCGAUCCAUUUACCUCGUCGACUACGCCUGUUAUCGCCCGCCGUCCCACCUCCAAGUCCGGUACCAUCAGUUCAUGGAGCAUUCGAGGCUCACCGGCGACUUCGACGAGUCGGCGUUGGAGUUCCAGAGAAAGAUCCUCGAGCGGUCUGGGCUCGGAGAGGAGACUUAUGUGCCGGAGGCGAUGCAUUAUAUUCCCCCCCAGCCUUCCAUGGCGGCGGCACGUGAAGAGGCCGAGCAGGUGAUGUUUGGUUCAUUGGAUAAGCUAUUUGCUAAUACCAAUGUUAAGCCUAAGGACAUUGGAAUACUUGUUGUGAAUUGUAGUCUGUUUAAUCCAACUCCGUCCUUGUCUGCUAUGAUUGUUAACAAGUAUAAAUUGAGGGGUAAUAUUAGGAGUUUUAACCUAGGAGGAAUGGGGUGUAGUGCUGGUGUCAUAGCUGUUGAUUUGGCUAAAGAUAUGUUGCAAGUUCAUAGGAAUACUUAUGCUGUUGUUGUUAGUACUGAGAACAUUACUCAGAAUUGGUAUUUUGGGAACAAGAAAUCCAUGUUAAUCCCCAAUUGUUUAUUUCGGGUUGGGGGAGCAGCUGUUUUGCUGUCAAAUAAAUCUGGAGACCGAAGGCGGGCCAAGUAUAAGCUUGUUCAUCUAGUGAGGACGCACCGUGGGGCUGAUGAUAAGGCAUUUCGGUGUGUUUAUCAGGAGCAGGAUGAUGCUGGGAAAACUGGUGUUUCAUUGUCCAAGGAUCUCAUGGCAAUUGCAGGGGGUGCCCUUAAGACUAAUAUCACCACAUUGGGUCCCCUUGUGCUUCCAAUUAGUGAGCAGCUUCUUUUCUUUGCCACACUUGUUGCCAAGAAGUUGUUUAAUGCUAAGGUCAAGCCUUAUAUACCGGAUUUCAAGCUUGCGUUUGAGCACUUCUGCAUACAUGCUGGUGGGAGGGCUGUGAUUGAUGAACUUGAGAAGAAUCUGCAGCUUUUGCCCUCACAUGUUGAGGCUUCUCGGAUGACUCUUCACCGGUUUGGUAACACUUCAUCAAGUUCCAUUUGGUAUGAGCUAUCUUACAUUGAGGCCAAGGGGAGGAUGAGGAAGGGGAACCGAGUGUGGCAGAUUGCUUUUGGAAGUGGAUUCAAAUGUAACAGUGCAGUUUGGCAGGCCCUUCGGAAUGUGAAUCCCUCUCCUAAUGGUCCAUGGGAAGAUUGCAUCGACAAGUAUCCAGUUGAGGUAGUUGCCUAGCCCAACCAAAAUUCGGUUAGAGAGUCUUCAUUUAGAAAAAGGAUUCCCUUAAUAGCUCCCCUAGGCAAUUAUCUUGUUCCCUUGCUAGCGUUAUUUUUUAUUUUUAUUUAUUAAGUUUAUUGGGUCAAGCUAUGCUUUAUUGAUCUUGAAAGUCAUAGGCUGUCAUUUCUCUUGCUUACAUUUGGAGUGGCAUGAAUUCUUGAACUAUGGUUCUUGUACUAUGUUGCUUUUAUCAUUUUUAUGUUGAAAGGAACAGUGGGUUUGUGUUAAUAUGAUGAAUGAAAAUUUUCAAA